CCUCAGGACAACGGUGGUUCGGAAAUCCUUAAUUAUCUGUUAGAAGUUUCAGAAGGAAGCUGUGAAGCAAAUCAAUGGGAAGUUGCAUAUAGAGGACCUGCCACCGAAUGUACGUGUGCAUACUUGAAGCCAGGCACUUUGUACAAGCUCCGGGCAUGCUGUAUUAGCACUGGCGGACACAGUCAGUGUUCUGAAAGUUUACUUGUUCAUACGCUCAGCAUUGCUCCAGACCAGUGUCAACCACCCAGAGUGCUUGGAAAACCAAAGCAUAAAGAAAUACAAUUGCAGUGGGAUGCUCCCCCUGUAUCAGAAAGUAGCAGUCAUAUCUCAGCAUACAGCAUAGAAAUGACUGGACCUGAAGAGGUGGUUUCGGAGGUCUAUCAUGGUCCAGACCUUGAAUGUACUGUCAGCAAUCUUCUGCCUGGAACAACGUAUCAGUUCAGAGUGAGGGCUUUGAAUGAUGGAGGGUAUGGGACUUACUCUGAAGCUGUCAAAAUUACCACAGUGGCUGGACCUCCAGGGCAGUGUAAAGCACCUUGCCUUACCUUCCUUUCCGAUUCAAGUGUACUUGUGAGCUGGGAGAGUCCUGAGAGUUUUGGCGCUGACAUCUCAGAAUAUAGACUGGAGUGGGGAGAAGACAAGGAGAAUUUAGAACUGGUGUAUACUGGCACAGCCAACUCCUUUGAAAUCGACCAACUUUCAGCCGCAGCACAUUAUUUCUGUAGACUGCAGGCAAUAAACCAGGCAGGAGCAGGAUCAUACAGUGACCUGGUAUCCUGCAGAGCCCCAGCGUCUGUUCCUGAGGCUGUAACCAUCCUCUACGUAUCAGAGGAUGAGCACCUGGAUACCUGUCCAAUGCCUGUUGUAUGCCUCGUAUUGAACUGGGAGGAACCGUGCAAUAAUGGCUCUGAGAUUGUAUCUUACAAUAUCGAACUGGGAGAUAGUAUUUUGUCAGUGGGAAAAGUCACAACUUAUGUAAUUGAGGAUCUGCCUCCAGAAACCACAUUCCGGAUCCGGAUUCAGGCUGUCAAUGAGGUUGGAGCUGGGCCUUUUAGCCACUUCAUUGCAGCAAAGACCCGGUCGUUGCCACCUUUACCCCCUCGGCUAGAAUGUACUGCAGCGGGUCCCCAAAGCCUGAAAUUGAAAUGGGGGGAGAGCAGCUCCAGACAGCACACGACUGACGACAUGGUCUAUCUCUUACAAAUAGAGGACAAGAACAAGAGGUUUACUUCAAUCUAUAGGGGGCCUAGUCAUACUUACAAGGUACAACGGCUGAUGGAAUAUACCAGCUACAUUUUUAGAAUACAGGCUGUAAAUGGUGCUGGGGAAGGGCCUUUCUCAGAAGUCUUUAGCUUCAGCACAACUAAAUCUAUCCCCCCUGUCAUUAAAGCACCUCGAGUGAGACAGUUAGAAGGAAACACCUGUGAAAUUGCUUGGGAAACUGCACCCCCAAUGAAGGGAGAUCCUGUGAACUACAUUCUGCAGGUCCUGGUUGGAAGAGAGUCUGAGUACAAACAGGUGUACAAGGGAGACGAGACAACGUACCAAAUCUCAGGCCUUCAGGUGAAUACAGAUUAUAGAUUCCGCGUGUGCGUUUGCCGCCGAUGCUUGGAUACCUCACAAGAACUCAAUGGACCUUUCAGCACUUCUGUUGCCUUUAUUCUCCAGCGGAGUGAGCUCAUGCUUACUGGGGAACUGGGAAGAACCGAUGACCCCAAGACUAAAUGUAUGAUGCCUUCUGAUGAACAGUUUGCAGCCCUCUUAGUCCUUGGCUUUGCAAGCGUCUCCAUCUUAUUUGCUUUUAUACUACAGUAUUUGUUUAUGAAGUAGAGAGUUCAACACAAGUAUCUGAGGUAUCGUUUUAAUUAAUGAUUCAUACUAUAAUCAAUAUGUUUUAUUCAGAUAGUCCUCUUUAUUUUUUCAGUGCAUUUGUUUCUGGUUUAUCGUUGUUGUUUUUUAAAGGGUGACGGGGGGGAGGGAAUGACAGUCCUAUUUAGAGAAUAAAAAUCGACGUUCGGGUGCACCUUUUGGACAUUCAAGGUUAGGAAAUGGUUCAAUAUAUCUAAGCCAGAGACCAAAACAAAUAUUUUAACAUUUGGAUGUUCUGUCCCCUGCUCCUAUGAUUUUAUUCACUUGCUCGUUUUUAUUUUUAAUUUUCAGAAUGUAGAAAUGUAACCAGUUUGCCUUCACGUUUUUGCCUUAGUGCUAAACUUGUUGCAGUCUUUAAGUUGCAAGUUUAUUACAUUAGAGUAACCGCUUUAAGCUCCUCUGAAUCUGCAAGAUUUAACCAUCCUUAUGUAGUAGCAUUGCAGCUAAGCAUUCCUCAAUGCAUUUGUUGCACAAGUCAUUAAUUAUAAAUAUCACAUACAAUAUUCACUACAUUUAUUUUCUCCUCAACCCUCAUACCGCCAGUUUUGCAUUGUUUUUGCGUUAUUCCCAUACGGGGAGGGGAAAAAAUUAAUCUCAAUUAUGUAAUCAAUUAUAUUUUUAGCACAUUUCAAUCCCGAUAAUUUAUCUUGCAACCUAAAGUCUUCUUUGAAUUGUAAACGUUUUACUCAAGCUGUUUGCGCACUAUAAAUUCCUGUAUAUCGAAUCUGAUAGCCAGAUAGCUUUAUCGAUGGAAAAGCAUUACCGUUUCUACCAUUUUCUUUAUUUUAUAGCAGUAAUUUUAAGAGGGCAUUGUGCAAUAGUUAUUCCCCAUGUCCAGCUGUUUUUAUUUUGUUUAAAGAAAAGCUGCUUUUAACUAGUUUGUUUGCCUUUGUAUAUAAACUUACUUUUUAAUCCAAUCACUAGAUUUGUUAUAUUCAUCGUGAUCUUAUGUGUUUAUAACUGGCAAAAGCUUGCUGCCUUUGCUAUUUAAAUUAGAGUAUUACCUUUUACCAUAAGCAAACACUCAAUCAGUCUUGUUAAGAAAAAGGUCCACCUGCAUUUCAGUUUUGGAAAAAACAUAGUAAAUUCAUACAGGCAUCUCAGAUGCUAAAUACUGUAAUUAGAGCUGAUAUGAAAAGGUGCCAUUUCUUCCAUCUCCUCCUCCUCCUCCUCCUCCUCCUCCUCCUUUCUUCUUAAUGGCAUCUCUUAUUACAAACCAUGUCAUGUAAUAUCCAUUCAUUUCCCUCUUCAAAUUCAUUAGCUGCUGCCUUCAGAAGUGACGGUGGGAGGGAGAUCAUAGUUCACAUGACAACCCACUGCGUGUACUGUCCUAAUAAAGCAAAAGAAGCAUAACAGUGCUGUGUUGCAAAGCAUCAACCUCAAGCAUUAUUGAUAUUUCCAGAAUGCCUCUGAGAAGUUCUCCAGAACUCCAUUGACUGGCUGGUGGCUACAUACCAGUGCUGGGUUAUCUUCUGGCAAUUGGACGAUUGGCCACUAACAGUGUGUGAAUGCCUUUUAUUACACACUCAAAAUUCCAGAAAUGCUCACUAGCCCUCAAAUUUUGGAGAUUCCUGUAGUGGCCAUGGCCAAAGGGGAAAAGACAAGGAGGAGAUGUGGAGCAGCUGGUUUCAGCAGCAGCUGCAGUCUUGACACCCAGCUCUAGAUUCAACUAGUCUUCAGAUCAUAAGGGUAGGGUGUGGUCCAUUGCAAACUUAGUGUCCUUCCUGAAUGGGACGUUGCAUGUGCUUUUACAUUGAUUGCCAAGGCACGUUCAUUCAGUCCAUCAAAACCCUUGGUGGUUCUUGUUGAUUUAAGGGGGAAAAAAUAACCUUUGGGUUAUUUUUAUGACGUCUAAGUGCCUCAGGGAUGUUGAGCAGGAGUUGUAAAGUAAAUUAUACGUGGAAAUGCACAGAGCUGUAACCCUUAGGAAUCUCUCCCAAAUAGUGUUGCAAUUUGUGAACCAUUGCUACAUAACUCUGUUCACUUCAAUCAAACAGAGGUGCACAAUGAUAUGUUCCCUCCCCACAAAGCUUCAUAAAAGCCCCCCACCCCGGCAGAUAUUUUCAAUGUUAUUUUUUAAAGUACCAGAAUGGGGAGAGACUGGGGAGCCAUCAUAUCAGCUCUAUUUAAUUUUUAAGUCAAUUGAAAUAACACGUGCACCCUUUCCUUAAAAGCCUGCGCAGGAAAAACAAAAAAAGCGAAUCCAUUCAGUUCCUAUUCUAGCUCUGCAUGAAUUGAAAGAGUUCUCGUGAAUUGUGUCCCAGGCUUUGCGUCCUCUUGCAUUCAAACAAACAAAUAGUUCUGCAUAUUUUUUUUAAUCUUCUUUGGGUUUGGCUUGCAUUGUACUUCUUUUUUGGUCUUCUCUUUUGCUAUGACACAAGGCAGCGCGAUGGCUCAGUGGUUAAGAUGCCGGGUGUGUUGGCUGGAAAGCCAACAUUCCGGGUUUGAAACCCGAGCAUCCCGCAACGGGAUAAGUACCCAUCUUUGCCUAGCUCCUGCCCACCUAGCAGUUCGAAAGCAUGCAAAUGCAAGUAGAUAAAUAGGUACCACUUCGGUGGGGAGGAAACUGUGCUCUGCAACGUCAUGCUAACCAUGGAAAUGUCUUCGGACAGCGCUGGCUCAACAGCUUUGAAAAGGGGAUGAGCGCCGCCCCCUGUAAUUGACAACUAUAUAGUUAAAAUCUGCAGGGACUGCUUUCCUUCCUUCCUUUGCUAUGAUACAGUGUCCUGUAUUAUUCAUUCAUUCCCAUAACCAAAGUAAUGGGGAAACCAAUAUUAUUUUUGUUUUAGGAUUAUUUAUACUAUAUACUGCAUUCAGUACUUUAAAAUGCCAAUUAAAGUGCAAUCUCAUUAUUUAUUGUAAAAAUGAAAAGAAAAAAUGUACUUAUGUACUAAAUCUCUCCCCUUAUCCCACCUCUGACCCCCUAGCAGCAUACUAUAUUUUUUUCCUAUUUUGUUUUAUGUAAGUAUAAUUUAGGUAAAAUAUUUUCAUUCCCCAGCACCAUUCCUAGUAUUAACCUUCUUAUAGUAUAUUGUAUGUUUUAAAAUGGGAGUGUUUUAUGAAUUGCCAAAAAAGAAGAAGAAAUAAAUGUACCCAUUAUUUCCUGCGCACAAAUAAACAACCUUUGCGGGGACCACAUCCAUUCCAUCUGCGGUACAUUAAAAA